AUCUUGUUGAAAAUUGUAAGAAACAGUCGAGACGGUAACAGAAAAAGAAAGCAAUGGAAGCAGUUUAUGGAAAAUCGCUGCUAUUUGGUACCGGAGUCAAUCUCAGAGUCGGAGUUGGACUCAGAACCAAACCCUCACACUCUGUCUUCUUCCUUUCAAACUCCACUUCCGAUAGCAGCACCACCCAUUCCAAACCACAAUCGCGUUUCGAUAAACUAAAUGCUAACAAACACAAAGCCAACGCUCUUAUCCUUAGAUCAAAGGAAAAGAUUAGAAGACGCAAACAAGCUGAACUAGAUGAAAAUCCCGCAACUGCAUCACCAACACGACGUCGUUUAAGUACUCAUCCCAAAGGUUGGGGAGAUACUAGGGUUACGUCGUUUAAAUCCUCAUUGCCGUUGGAGGAUACCAACUUUUUCAGUCUCAAAUCCUUUAAAGACAUUGGUUGCGCUGAUUUCGUUAUUCAAUCUCUCCAUAAACUCUCUUUAACUCGUCCUUCACAUAUUCAAGCCAUAUCGUUUGCUCCGAUUAUUGCUGGAAAAUCUUGUAUCAUAGCUGAUCAGAGUGGUUCUGGUAAGACAUUGGCUUAUCUUGUACCGAUUAUUCAGCGUCUCAGACAACAAGAACUAGAUGGACGUCAUAAAUCAUCUUCACAUGCUCCAACAGUUCUUAUACUCGCGCCUACGGCCGAGUUGGCUUCUCAGGUCUUACUUAAUUGUCGAUCAAUGUCAAAAUCAGGAGUUCCGUUCAAAUCUAUGGUUGUCACUGGUGGCUUUGCACAAAAAACUCAACUGGAAAGUUUAAAGCAGGGCGUUGAUGUAUUAGUUGCUACACCGGGUCGUUUUUUGUUCCUCAUGAAGGAAGGCUUCUUGCAGUUAACAAAUCUAACAUGUGCUGUGUUGGAUGAGGUAGAUAUACUCUUUGGGGAUGAGGACUUUGAAAAGGCUCUUCAAUGCUUGAUUAGUUCUUCACCAGUUGACUCACAGUAUUUAUUUGUGACUGCAACUUUACCAAAAAAUGUUUACAGCAAACUGGUUGAAGUUUUUCCUGAUUGUGAAAUGGUCAUGGGACCUAGUAUGCAUAGAAUAAGCUCUCGCCUCGAAGAGAUAAUAGUAGAUUGCAGUGGGGAAGGUGUACAAGAAAAGACACUGGACACGGCAUUUUUGAACAAGAAAGCUGCUCUUCUGAAGCUUGCGGAGGAGAACCGUGUCCCAAGAACUAUUGUGUUCUGUAACAAAAUUGAAACAUGCAGAAAAGUUGAAAAUGCGUUAAACCGUUUUGAUAGAAAGGGAAUUCGCAUGCAAGUUCUACCUUUCCAUGCUGCCAUGACACAAGAAUCGCGGCUUGCUAGUAUGAAAGAGUUUGCCCGCUCUCCGUCAAAAGAAGUGUCCCAAUUUAUGGUUUGCACAGACAGAGCAUCGCGGGGAAUCGACUUCACUGGAGUAGAUCAUGUAAUACUUUUCGACUACCCCCGUGAUCCAAGCGAAUAUGUACGGCGUGUUGGAAGAACAGCACGAGGUGCCAGGGGACAGGGCAAGGCAUUUAUCUUUGUAGUUGGCAAGCAAGUAUCCCUUGCACGCAAAAUAUCGGAAAGAAAUCGGAAGGGUCAUCCACUGCAUGAUGUACCUUCGGCUUAUGAGAGUUGAUAUAAUAGUGAUGGAAAGAUUGAAGCUGUCAUCAAGUCAAAGUAAGCUUCAGUUCAAGAUUCCUCCCCCCUAUAAAGGAACGCCGUAAUUGCAAAAUAAGCACAAGCUUACAUAUCAACAAUGUGUUCAACAUAUUAAUUUUUGGGAAAUUAAUGAUGUAAAUACAAGAUAAUAUUGAGUUUGCUCCUCCCUUUGUUCUGACAUUUUCUCUACGUGGACGUCUUGAAGUUGUACUUGUAUCUAAAAAUGUUAAUUAAUGCAAUUUAUUUUUCUAGAAA